UAGAGAAGAACUGCAUUUUUUCUACCGUGUGGACUGUUGGGGAGGUUGAAGAUACCUGCGCUUUACUCUCUCUUGUAGCCUGAUCAGUGGAAGAUGAACAUGCUUUUGCUGUUGUGGAACUGGGAAUGCAGCUGUCUGCUACCCCUUCUAGCUACUGUGCUUUUGGUGGAGAGCUCCCAGUUAGACAUCUCAAGAUCCAAGGCCAACUCCAUCAAGUCUAUUCUGGUGGGUCAUACCCCAGCCCUGGCAACCAACAGGUCUGCAAUCUUCCAGCAUGGCAUGCCUCACAAGAAAGGCAAACAACUUGGACAGGCAUAUCCUUGUGUUAGUGACAAAGAAUGUGAAGUUGGAAGGUACUGCUACAGUCCUCACCAGGCUCCUUCUUCCUGUGUGCUUUGUAGAAGAAAGAAGAAACGUUGUCACAGAGAUGGAAUGUGUUGUCCUGGGAAUCGCUGCAACAAUGGGAUUUGUAUUCCCGUUGCUGAGACAAUCUUGACUGCUCAUAUACCAGAACUAGAAGGACGUCCUAAAAAUCCUAAAAAGAAUGGUCCCGUCACUAACAAGGAUAUGGGAUGGCAGAAUCUCGGAAAGCAUCAUUCUAAACUCCCCCAUAUAAAAGGACAUGAAGGAGACCCCUGCCUCCGAUCGACCGACUGUAUCGAAGGCUUCUGCUGCGCACGUCAUUUUUGGACCAAAAUUUGUAAACCUGUAUUACACCAAGGAGAAGUUUGUACCAAAUUAAGAAAGAAAGGCUCCCAUGGUUUGGAGAUAUUUCAGCGAUGUGACUGCGCUAAAGGGUUGUCUUGCAAAGUAUGGAAAGAUGCCACAUAUUCUUCAAAAUCUAGACUGCACAUCUGCCAGAAAAUCUGAGCAUUUGUUAAAGAAACUGUUGUUACAACAGACUGUGAGGUUACAGAAAGGUACAGAAAGGACAAAUGCAGUAUGGACUUUGGUACCGAGAACAAACACUGAAAUGAAAGGAAGAACUUUGAACUGGACCUAAUGGAGCUUUUUACUAAUGUAAAUAAUUUGCGACUCCAACAGUUCGUACAAAUGACAUUUAAUAUUUUAACAGUGCAUGCCCACUGAAUUAAAAAAAAAAAUGUAUGAGUAUUAAUAAUUUUGAAGUAAUCUAUGUUUGUGUAUACUGUUUCAUUAUGUGGACCCUUUGAAAUUCCAGAGUCUAGAUGUAUGUCUCCUUGAAGCAUGAGUGUUGUAGGUACUCUAUAUACUUCGCAAAUAUGUGAUAAUAAUACGAAUCAAAGCAACCAGGCAUGGAUAGAGUGGACAAAGCAGUGGAGAGGGGAAGAAUUCAUCUGGGGAAGCCUAUGUUCUCCCCCAGCCAGUGUUGUUUAAGGUACCUACAGAGAAAACUAUUCACCAGGUUGAAGCAUUUAUUGCUAACUGAUUCUUUGCUUACUCUUCACUCAAAUGGUUAAUGAAAACCCUCAUACAUUGCAAAAUGUAAUUUCAUUGGCAUGGAAUUCUUGACAUAAAAAAUAACAGAUCCAGUCAAGGGAAUAUGGUUAUAACAUUUUGUAAUGAUGAUCAAUCAAACGUAGAUCGCUAUUACAUUAUAUCCUGUUCUUCGUCAAGGAAAUCCUUCCUUUUCUAACACAAGACAUUGGCUUGGCCAGUUGUCUGGCAUCUACCAUAUGCAGUUGACAGGUUAAUUUAUGAAUAACAGACCUAUGUAAGUUAUAGUUUUCUUGUUCGAUUCAUGCACAAAACAUCAUUAUUAAAUUACACCAAAUUUGGAGAAUAACGUACCUACAAAAACACCAAAAAGAUCUGAUAGCAUUUGAAAUAGUAACUGCAAAUUUGUUUAUUGCAUAAUCUAAAAAUAAUGAAGCAGUUCUCUGUGGUUUGGAAAACUUACAUUUUUAAAUUUGAAAAUUGUAUCAUAAAGUUUGCAAGGCAAUGUAAUAUAAUACGCGCAGAAGGACAAUAUCUUUCUAGUGUGAAGUUCACAUAAAACAGAAAAAAAGUCGAUAGCGGAUCAGUUAACACUGGCAAAUCCACAUCUUUAAUGCUCUGUUUUGGCUUUCUCUAUCGCACUGUGUUUUGUCUUAAAUUAGUGCAUUUUUUAUAUUAUACAGGGAUACAUACUGUCUAAACAUAGAAACAUACUUGCUGCAUCUAAUAGUUCUUUGUAUGUUGAUAUUUUUGGCUCUUGCCUUUGCUAUGCAAAUAAAACAAUCAUAUUUUAAAA